GGAGGCCCGGGAGCUGGAGCGUCUGAGGUGGCUGAGGUGGCCGCUGGGGCUCGGGCGGCGGGCGCGGCCGGGAUGGCGAAGAGCAGCGGAGAGAAUGGGCCGCGCGCGCCCGCGGCCGGGGGAAGUCUGUCGGGGACUCGGGAAAGCCUGGCCCAGGGCCCCGACGCCACAACCACUGACGAGCUCAGCUCUCUCGGUUCCGACUCAGAGGUCAACGGCUUCGCCGAGCGCCGCAUCGACAAGUUCGGCUUCAUCGUGGGCUCGCAGGGCGCCGAGGGCGCGCUGGAGGAAGUCCCACUGGAGGUGCUGAGACAGAGGGAGUCCAAAUGGCUGGAUAUGCUCAACAACUGGGACAAAUGGAUGGCCAAGAAGCAUAAAAAGAUCCGUCUGCGAUGUCAGAAGGGCAUCCCGCCUUCUCUGAGGGGCCGGGCUUGGCAGUACCUGUCAGGAGGCAAGGUGAAGCUACAGCAGAAUCCUGGGAAAUUUGAGGAGCUGGAUCUGUCUCCUGGGGAUCCCAAAUGGCUGGAUGUGAUUGAGCGUGACCUGCACCGGCAGUUCCCUUUCCAUGAGAUGUUUGUGUCCCGAGGCGGCCAUGGCCAACAGGACCUGUUUCGUGUGCUGAAGGCCUACACGCUAUACCGGCCUGAAGAGGGCUACUGCCAGGCCCAGGCUCCCAUUGCUGCCGUGUUGCUCAUGCACAUGCCCGCUGAGCAAGCCUUCUGGUGUCUGGUACAGAUCUGUGAGAAGUACCUGCCUGGCUACUACAGUGAGAAAUUGGAGGCGAUCCAGCUGGAUGGUGAGAUUCUCUUCUCCCUGCUGCAGAAGGUGUCGCCUGUAGCCCACAAACACCUCAGCCGGCAGAAGAUUGACCCCCUGCUCUAUAUGACAGAGUGGUUUAUGUGCGCCUUUGCCCGCACCCUACCCUGGAGUUCCGUGCUGCGUGUCUGGGACAUGUUCUUCUGUGAAGGCGUCAAGAUCAUCUUCCGGGUGGGGCUGGUGCUGCUGAAGCAUGCGCUGGGUUCCCCUGAGAAGCUCAAAGCCUGCCAGGGCCAGUAUGAGACCAUCGAGCAGCUGCGGAGCCUCAGCCCCAAGAUCAUGCAGGAGGCCUUCCUGGUCCAGGAGGUGGUUGAGUUGCCCGUGACUGAGCGCCAGAUCGAGCGGGAGCACCUUAUCCAGCUGCGGCGCUGGCAGGAGACUCGGGGAGAGCUGCAGUGUCGAUCCCCGCCAAGGCUGCAUGGUGCCAAGGCCAUCCUGGAAGCAGAGCCUGGCCCCCGACCCACCCUGCAACCCUCGCCAUCUAUCCGCCUUCCCCCAGAUGUCCCCUUUCCCAGCUCCAAAGCCAAGCCACCCAAGCAGGUCCAGAAUGAGCAGCGGAAGCGGUCGAAGGCAAGUGGGCAGCCGGACAAGGCCCUGGCACCCAGUCAGGACACAGUGGUGACUGCCGCAGGAGAUGCAUGUCCCCCACAGGAAGUGCCCCCAAAGGACCCCAUUUCCCAGCACCUGACCCCUCAGGACUCUGCUCCCCAGAACUUAGUCUGCCGUCGCUCCCAGGAGAGCCUGACUUCCCAGGAGAGUGAAGACACAUACUUGUAACCCUGGCAGCUCAGACCUCCAGGAUGGGGUCUCAGCAACACCUGGUUCGAAGACUGACACUCCAAGCCUUGCUUGCCCGCUUGGCCGCCAGACCAGGACGGAUUCUGGUUGGCCCAGCAGAUUCUGCCUGAGUCUCUUAUUUAUUUUCUCUAUAGAGUGGAGCUCCGGUGGCCUAGCCAACACCAGCAGAAGCGAGGGCCUCAUUCAGCCCCUCCUCCUGGGGGAGGUGCUUCCCAGUGCUAAUGUCCUGACUUGAGGGGGGUCGUGGGGUACUCUUUGUGUAAAAUAGAAACAUGAUUUUGUACAGAAAUAAACAAGCUUGUGUA